AUGAGUUUACCACAACAACCUCUUCAUGCACCUCGUCGCGAUGACCCAUCUACGAGUGACUACUCUUUGGGUGGUGACUCGAGCCUCCAGAUCCUCGUUUGGAAUAGGACGAGGCCAUACUGGCGCAUGGUGUAUUGGUCUGCCAUGUAUCAGAGCAAAUCAGGUCCCAUAAUGUCCCAAACAAUUGUCAACAGAGAUGGUGAGUUCUACUUGACGUACACAGUCUCUAAUGGCUCAGCGAGCAUGCGCAUGGUGCUGCACCACACGAGCAUGGUGAAAUUCCUGGCGUGGAAUAGCAACUCAUUAUCUUGGGAGGUUUUCUUUGAGCGCCCUGGUUAUAGCUGUGAUCGCUAUGCCUCAUGCGGCCCAUUUGGCUACUGUGAUGCCACAGAGGCGGUUGCGACGUGCAAGUGCCUUGAUGGAUUUGAACCUGUUGGUCCUGACUUUUCCCUAGGAUACCAGAGAAAUAAGGAGAUGCGUUGUGGCCAAGGAGAUAGUUUCAUUACCUUGCUUAACAUGAAGACGCCCGACAAGUUCUUGUACAUCAGGAAUAGAAGCUUUGACCAAUGCGCAGAAGAAUGCAGCUGCAACUGCUCAUGCACCGCAUAUUCUUAUGCUAACCUGAGUAAUCUCGGUGUGACUGUAGACAAUUCGAGGUGCUUAGUUUGGAUGGGAGAGCUUGUUGACAUAGAGAAGCGUGGUGAUGGUCUUGGGGAGAAUUUGUACCUCCGGAUUCCCAGCUCGUCUGUCAGUAAGAAGACUGGUGCACUGAAGAUUGCACUCCCAGUCAUGGCAAGUCUACUGAUACUUGUGUGCAUUUGUCUUGUCUGGAUACGCAAGUCGAGAGGCAAGGACCAAACCAAGGCACCCAUGAUUUAUGCGGUGCCGGAACAACUGGGCAGUUCUGAUGUACUAUACGAUCAUAAUUCAGAAUUUCUGUGGAUUAGCUUCAAUGAAAUCAUCCCUGCUACAGAUGGUUUCUCUGACUCCAAUGUGCUAGGAAAAGGAGGCUUUGGCAUAGUAUACAAGGGCACACUGGAAGGUGGCAAGGAAGUUGCUGUUAAAAGGCUUACCAAGUGUUCUGAUCAUGGAAUGGGGCAUUUUAGAAAUGAAGUAGUUCUUAUUGCAAAACUGCAGCACAGAAACUUAGUUAGACUUCUUGGUUACUGCAUCCAUGGAGCUGAGAACCUUCUUAUUUACGAAUACUUGCCCAACAAAAGCUUAGACUACUUCCUAUUUGAUGAUGCUAAAAGAUUUAUGCUUGAUUGGCCAACAAGGUUUAGCAUAAUCAAAGGGGUAGCUAGAGGACUUGUGUACCUCCACCAUGAUUCUAGAAUGACGAUAAUUCACAGAGAUCUCAAAGCAAGCAAUAUCUUGUUGGAUGCGGAAAUGAGACCCAAAAUAUCAGAUUUUGGCAUGGCAAGGAUCUUUGGUGACAACCAGCAACAAGCAAAUACUAGGCAUUUUGUUGGGACAUACGGUUACAUGUUGCCCGAAUAUGCGAUGGAAGGCAUUUUCUCUGUCAAGUCCGACACAUACAGCUAUGGGGCCUUGCUACUGGAGAUUGUAAGUGGGUUGAAGGUCAACUCACCUCCCCAUCUUAUGAGGGACUUCCCAAACCUCGUAGAUUACGCAUGGAACUUACUGGAAGAAGGAAAAUCAGGGGAUUUCAUGGACACGGUGCUUCUAAAGAGUUGUUCACUUCAUCAAGUGUCGUUGUGCACCCACAUAGCAUUAUUGUGUGUUCAGGACAGCUCAGGUGCCAGGCCACUCAUGUCGGUAGUCGUGUCUAUGCUGGACAACGAGGCCAUGCCAGUCAUGACUCCAAAGCAACCUCUGUAUUUCAUUGGAAGGAGACAUGAAGCAGAAGAAGCGACGGAGGACUCCGUUAACAGCGCGGGCCUGACAAUGCUAGUAGGACGGUAG